AUGAAGUUCGCCAAUAUCAUCCUCGCCGCAUCCCUCCUCGUCGGCACUGCUUUUGCCAGUACCGAGGGUUCUGCCAGUGACUUUGAAGCGCGUGCGCUUUCCCCCGUCGCAGACGAAAUACUCGGCUCCCGAGCCAUCACGGAAGACAUUGACGUCUUCGAAAGAGACGUGGAGGAUUACCUCUUCGAGAGGGACGACCUCGACGACCUCGAGAUGCGAGAACCCAUCCUGCCAGCCCUAGGCAUCCGCGUCGGACUCAAGGCCGCCAAAGGACUCUACCACGUCGUCAAGAACCGCCGCCGAAAGCGAGACUUGGAGGACGCGUUCACUGAGGAAAUCUUCCGGCGCGUGAUGGAUGAGGAUCUUAGUCCUGAACUUGCACUGCGGGCGUUGGAGGUGAUGGAUGUUGAUGAGCUGGUUGCUCGGUUUGAAGAGGAUUUGGAUUGA